UUGCUCAAAGCAGUAGGAACACAACCGUUGUAUGAUGCAUCGCUUCUUAACCACGCGAUGGCAUAUCUACUAAUUAGAAAACGAGAGAAGGCUAAAGAGUACCUCGGUAAAGCCAAUGCCGAAUAUCUCAAACAAGAAAAACCUGUUGAUCACAGCAAGCUUAUUCUACAGAUUCUCUUAAACAUGUACAUCAAUGAUGCGUACAAAAGCAAAGAAUUCUUGAAUCUCGGUCCACGGGUCAUUGAUAAUAGUAAUAGUGAUGUAGUCAUCACUCUUGGAAAUGCAUUAAUACAGCGAGGUGAACCAAACGAAGCAGAGAAAGUUUUGAAAGAGUGUGCAAAAAAAUAUGGAACUGACGAGUGUUACAAGCUACUGACAAUAGCUCUAGUCAAUAAUCGUAAGGGUGAAGAACUACAGAAGAUUCGAACUAAAAAACCGGAACUACAACUAAAAGAAGAUUUAAAGGAUGAUGUUUAUGCGGCUAUAACACAGUGGCAGCAGCAGAUUGAAGUAUUUCGGAAAUACAAACCAAAGACAUUACAAAGAAAAGAGUUUUAUGGCUACAUCGAUAUUUGCUCCCUGGCUGCUGCAGGUACUACUGGUAUAGUGAUGAUUGUGGAGUCAUUGUAUGGCAACAAUGAAGCAAUCCUUUGCAACAAACAACUCAAAAUAAUGAAAACACUGAACACAACUGGUGAACCAUAUAGCGUGAUAUCAACCCCUGAUUGUAAGGGUGUGGCAGUGCUGUGUAGGAGACGUGAUUACACUUGGACGGUGCAAGUGUUUAACACAUCAGGUGACCACAAACGAGACAUACCAUUACAAGAUACAAUCAAAGCUGAAGCUCUUGCAGUGAAUAGUAUUGGUCAGAUGAUGAUUGCGGAUGGCAGCAACGCGUCCUUAGUGUUCAUCAACUGGCAGUCUGGAAAG